AUGGCAACAACUCAUGACGCUGACUUUCAGGCCCUUGUGAAGGGAGUGACAGCCUGGAAUACUCCUCCAGAUCUGCCCUCUGAACUCCUUCUUACCAGAGAAGCUGCCUUCCCAGUGUUGGUGAAUGAGGAGGGCCAGGUGGUCAUUGCUGCCUCCUCCUACUACCAAGGCCGCCUUGUGGUCAUGGGCCAUGAAGAGUACUUAAUGCAUCCACCGUUGGCUCCAUUUCUGGUCAAUGCAGUGCGCUGGCUUUGCAGCACCCCUGGUGCUGCCAUUGGAGUGCACCCCUCCCUGAAUCCACUUGUAAAAAUCCUGCAGGAUGCUGGGAUAGAGGUAAAGGUGCAGGAGGAACCUAAUGGAUCCCUGGGAGCUUACUGCCUUGAUCCUUACUACUACAUCACACCUGAGAAAAUGAUCCAGUUUGUGGAACGAGGAGGGGGCCUGCUCAUUGGGAGCCGUGACUUGGACUGGGCCUCAACAGUUGGAAAUGAUACAUUUCUCUUUGAAUUCUCUGGAAACCAAAUGACAAGUGUAGCUGGGGUGCACAUCACCAACUCAACUGUGCUCAGACACCAGUGGGUGGUCUCUCAGACAGUGCCCACCAUCCCUCUCCACAUCACGUGUCAGGAUAAUGUCACAAAGGAUCAACAGCAGCUCCUGCAAGGGAUCACAGAGCUGGACUUCAGCACAGGGGGAAUACCCUCACAGCUUUUGGUGCACGGGCCCCUGGCCUUUCCCCUAGGGUUUGAUAGCUCACUCAACUGCUUUCUAGCAGCUGCCCGUUAUGGCCAAGGUCGAGUGGUGCUAUGUGGCCAUGAGGGUAUGAUAACUAAUGACAGAAUGGAUAAGUUUAUGAUUAACGCUCUACACUGGUUGAAAGGGCACCAGAAAGGGAAGAUUGCAGUGAAUUCAAGGGUGAAAAAUCUAGGGCUCUUGUUAGCAAAAACGAACUUGCAGUGGAUCAUCACAGACAUUAACUUUCUGACCAGUGACCUGAGUGUCUAUUGCUGCUCUUCACUUGACAACAUGGAUGUGAAAAAGGUUGUAGACUUUGUUGCAAGAGGCGGAGGUGUACUGAUUGGCAGCCAGGCUUGGUAUUGGGGGAUUAGAAACCCAAGUUCUAACUGUAUGGCUCAGUAUCCAAAUAACAAGUUCCUUAAGCAUGUUGGCCUAGGCAUUUUAAGGGAGAAAGGCAACAGAGGCUGUUUCCCAGUCCCCAAGCCUGAGAUACUGAAUUACCAUGUUCGAAAAGCUCUCUCCCAGUUUGAAUCCAUGCUGUUUGACAAUGGGAAAUUUUUGGAAGACAACUGGCUGGAACAGCUGAAAAAAGACUGUUCCUAUAUGCUUCAAAUCCCACAUGAUGGGAUUCCCAUCUAUGAGUCUGUGCACAAAAACAUCCUGAGAAUCAUCCAAAAGGGUUUACCAGUUGUACAAAAGAAAAAUUCGAUUAUCAGGGGUGGCCUUGAGGCAAUAUUGAAAUACCUAGCAGAAGGACUGGUCAAAGCAGGGACUGCCAGCUCUGUCUUGCUCAAUGAAUUCUCCUCUCCACCGGCCACGGGAUCUCCUGUCAGCAUUGAGAUCAGCACAGAAAACAGAGAUUCCUGGGUGAGCACUGGACUCUACUUACCUGCAGGAAGAUUUGCUGUGGUGACACUGCCCAAGGAAGCUGUUGCUGCUCAGUUGCAGGUACAGGUUGGCUGCCACACAGAUGACAUCAGUGAUGCAAGCAUUUACUAUCGGCCUCCUGUGGUGACACGCAGGUACAUCUUAAAUGAAACAAAGACCUCCAUUGCUUGGCACUGGGGAGGUCUCCUCUACAUCCUGGUGCCCAGAAACUACAACCUGGGCACUGUGCUGGUCACCAUCAGUGGGGCGGCGCCGGCUCCAUACUUCAAGCUGGGGAAGACUUCCCAGGAGGAGUGGAGGCGCUGUCUCCAGGGAAAUCCAGCUCCCUGGGGUGAGCUGGCCACGGACAACAUCAUCCUGACAGUGCCAACGGAAAAGCUCAAGGCUGUGACAAACCCCGACUCCCUGCUUCGACUCUGGGAUGAGAUGAUGCAGGCUGCAGCCAAGCUGGCAGCCAAACCUUUUCCCUACCGCAGACCUGAGAGGAUUGUCAUAGAUGUGCAGAAUACAUUGGGUUUAAUGCAUGAAGGAUAUCCCAUCAUGGGACAAAUGCAAAUUCUGCCAAGACUCAUUGAUGAGACUGCUAUAAGGUCAUCAGGUGUUUGGGGUGCUAUUCAUGAGGUGGGCCACAAUUUCCAGCAACCUGCGUGGAAGUUCCAUCCCCACAGCACUGAAGCUGACUGUAACCUGUGGAGUGUCUACGUGCAUGAGGAGGUUCUCAAAAUCCCCAGGGAAAGGGCUCACUCUUCCCUGAAGCCUGAAAGCCGGAGGGAGAGGAUCAAACUGCACCUGGGCAUGGGAGCCCCCCUGAGCAACUGGAACACAUGGACAGCUCUGGAAACAUACCUUCAGCUCCAAGAAGCCUUUGGGUGGGAUCCAUUCAUCAAGCUCUUUGCAGUCUACCAGACUCUUUCCAAGUACCCUCAAGAUAAUCCUGGCAAGAUGAACCUAUGGAUGGAGAAGUUCUCUGAAAUAGUGCAGAAGAAUCUGGUUCCUUUCUUUAAAGCCUGGGGCUGGCCCAUCCAGAAGCAAGUGGCUGAUGGUCUGGCCCACCUGCCAGAGUGGCAAGAAAAUCCCAUGAAAGCAUAUAUACCUUAG